CGGAAGACCACACACAGACAACAGUGCGUUGCUAGGCCGUGGCACGGAGAGAUCACCGCCUUGUUUCAAAAUUGCCUCGAUGGCUUUGGCUCGGGCCUCUGUCGCUCUCCGAGGCGUCCGCCGGCCUGUGGCGGCAUCGGCCUCGCAGUCGUGUGUGGGGUGGUCAGACGGCGGCAGGCGACACUACAACAAGCCGUUCAAGUCGUACUGGGAGUACAAGCCCAUGGACAAUAGGCCUUUGGAAACGGUAGGCUCGAGGAGUGAUGGACACCUCACACACGCAGCCCGAUGGAUGCUCUCUGUGUGUUUGUCAAUUGCCGUCCCGUGUGCUGUGUGUUGCUCAGUGGGAGGAGGUUGAGAUGAAUCGUCCGAGGAAUCCUUCGGUCAACGAGGGCUACGCGCGGCCGACCAAGGCGCCCACGCAGUUUGAGCUCACUCGCGAACAGUUCCACCAAUUCAUGAGGGGUACGUCGGCGGAUGGGUAGCGGCGGUCAUGGCUCACCGUGUGCGUUGUGUGUGUGUGUGUGUGUGCAGGUACGCCCAAGGCGUUCAGUCCUCGUCUGAAGGGGAAUCUGACGGCGAUCGGUUUGGUCAUGUUUAUGGCUUUUGAGAUGGCCUUCACCUUUUACCAAAUGCGGCCCGACGACUUCGAGUGGGUCGAAGACGAACGGUGCGCACACCAGCUCACCUCCACACAUACAUGGAUGGAUGGAUCGAUGGAUGGAUGGACGCCAUCGUGUAUGUGUGUGCAGGAAGCGCCUCGAGGCCGCCCGCAAGAAGCUCGACCGCAUUCUUGCGGAGCAGGCCAAGCAGCAGGCCGAGGCGAAAGCCGAACUGGAGAGCUCUGACGCGCCGCGGCUGCCGCUACGGGCGGCAGGUGACGACUGACGAACUGCCGGGAGGGGGGGGGUGUUUCGACAAGUGGCUGGCGGCGAGUGGGGUCGGGUUUUGCGAUUGAGUGUGCCUCUUGGACGGACGGAUGGGUGCACGGACGCCGAUUUGAAGCGUCAUUUAUGUGUGUGCGCGUAGUAGCGAUGCAGUCAGUGCUGCAUCUGAUGUGGCCGACGUGACCGUAUUCGAUUACCUCCAAAUGACUUGAGCAUUCAUUCACUCAUGAACAGUCAGCUAGUCUGC